AAGCAGCAUUCGUCACCGACGAAGAAGGUUGCACUGCAGUAUUUAGUUUGGUAGCCCAAGUUAACCAUCUGUGCUGUGCUAGAACACACCGAAUAUGGCUGCCAACAAUAUUGCCACCGUCGUGACCAACGUGACGUCCAGCUUUGUCAGCAAUGUCACCAAGCCGUCAGUGCCCACUUUGCCACAACCUGUGGACAGCGGAACUCCUUCCGUGGGCUUCAUUGUCUGGGGAUCGGCCUUGGUGUUUAUCAUGACUCCGGGAUUAGCACUGUUUUACUCAGGUUUAUCCCGAUACAACAAUGCCUUAUCCCUGAUGAUGUUGUGCAUGCUAGCGGCAGCGGUUGUCACCGUGCAGUAUUUCCUCUUCGGCUUCAGUUUGGCCUUCUCCGAAACCGGUGGCCCUUUUAUUGGCGAUUUCAAUGCGGGAGCACUGAACACAUUGGGCGCACAUGCGUUUCCCAACACAGCACCCAAUAUUCCGUCGGUGUCCUUUAUGUUAUUCCAAAUGCAGUUUGCCACCAUCACAGCGGCAUUGAUUUUUGGCUCCGUGCCAGAACGGACGCGCUUUGGUCCCGCAAUGAUAUUCGUCUUCUUCUGGACGACAUUUGUUUAUGAUUUUGUUGCGUAUUGGAGCUGGGCGGAUCACGGAUGGAUCCGAAAUUUUGCCUGCAUUUCGCAGCUGUAUAAUACCACUGCCACGCCUUGCUUUGUGGGAGCCUACGACUUUGCUGGUGGUGGUCCCGUGCACAUUGCGUCGGGUUUUGCUGGGUUGGCUUAUUGUCUGAUCUUGGGAAAGCGGAAGCGCAUUCAUGUGGAACAUCACAGCUUGGUGAAUGUAAUGUUUGGCACGGGAAUUCUCUGGUUUGGUUGGUUUGCCUUCAACGGGGGCUCAGCGGGAGCCGCAAACACAAGAGCCGCUAUGGCUGCAACUGUGACUACCAUUGCUGCCGCCAUGGGUGGAAUGACUUGGACUUGGAUGGAUUACAUCUGGACAAGAAAAAUGUCAGCACUAAGCUUUUGCAGUGGGGUCGUAGCUGGGCUGGUGGCCAUAACACCAGCAAGCGGUUUCGUAGCUCCAUGGGCGGCCAUUGUUAUCGGAUUUAUAACCAGUGUCUGCUGCAAUGGAUGGUGUCGUGCCAAGCGAAUGGUGGGUCUGGAUGACUCGUUUGACGCGUGGUCGGUGCAUGGCGUGGGCGGUUUUCUUGGCAACAUCUUGGCGGGUAUUUUCGCGCAAAAAUGGGUUGCAUUACUUGAUGGCACGCCGAUUGACGGUGGCUGGAUGGAGCACAACUGGAUUCAAGUCGGCUAUCAGCUUGGUUCAUCAGCCGCUAUUGCCGCCUGGUCAUUCUGCGUCAGUUUUAUUCUCCUCUUCAUUAUCAACAAGAUUCCCGGUCUGCAUUUACGCCAAAGCGAACAAGAGGAACUAAAUGGCGGAGAUUUCACAGAAAUGGGCGAGGUAGCUUAUAUGCUUGUAAUUUCGGAAGAUGGUGCCGAUGGAAUUGACGACACAACACUGGGUGUUCUAAAAGAUGGUCGUCGGGUGUCAUGCGGACACGUGCUGAGUGAUCCCGACCGGCGCGUCUCGACAUUUUCCGCCGGCUCACAUGAGAAAGCCGAAAAACGAAGAAAAUCCCUGUAUUCACAGGGGUCGAGUCACAAUCACGGGGAAACCAAGCGGAAAUUCUCCUUGGGUAAAAACAAAGAUGACCGCACGGAGCGGCGGAUACACUACGCCGUCGAAAACGAACAAACAACGCCACCACCGUCUUAUGAAAUGCAGCUCCAGUCACACCGACCGCAACGGGAAUCUAGGCAAAUGCUAUAUAAUAAUAGCGAAGCGAUCUAAUUUGAUAAAGUUUUGAUUGCGCUAAUAUUGUUUGCACUUGCAACAUUCACUGUGCAUUUCAUAUCAAAUUAGUAAGCGACCAUUGAGUUGCUAAUCUACGUAUUAUGUACUUUGCGGUGUCACUUGAUCACCUUAACUGUCUCCUUGAACAAAUACCGCAUUAUUGUCUCUGAAGAUCCGACGCUGUGAAUUGGCAGUUUUCUUUGUAUAAAGUCAGAAAAAUGUCCGCUAA